UUUAAAUCGGACGCAUUUUACCUAACCAUCCUGCCGGCUGAUGUUUUCAUAAGAAAGGACACGUGCCCAUAUGUCAUCUGCCCCACUUUUGAAACGAUACAUAACGUAAAUCUUAUCUGUCUUCUUCGUCAGAACGGCUAAAUGGCGGGGACUUGGUGGAACAGUGCCGCUUGUACUCACGUCCUUGUGGCUCUCUUCGGAAUGGGCUCCUGGAUUUCAGUGAACUGUCUCUGGGUUGAGCUACCCGUCGUUGUCAACGUUCUGCCUGAAGGGUGGAUCCUGCCAGUCUAUCUGUCAGUACUGAUAGCCUUUGGGAAUAUAGGUCCGAUUGCUGUGACCAUAAUGCACCACUGUGCCCCAGGACAGUUAAACGAGCGCCUGGUCAUCCACUGUAUCCAGGUUCUAGCAGUGGUGGCAUCAAUCUUCCUAGCCAUCUUUUGGUCACAGGUGGCCACUGUGGCAGGGGAAGUGAGAUCAGUACCAUAUCUGCUGCUCACGUUCGUUUUGGCUCUGGUUUGCUGUACGUCCAAUGUCACCUUCUUGCCCUUCAUGUUCCGCUACCCCCCUCAAUACAUCCGCACAUUCUUUGUUGGCCAGGGGCUCAGUGCCCUGUUCCCAUGUGUUGUGGCUUUGGGGCAGGGUGUGGGGAAAUUGGAGUGCAAAAUGGAGAAUGGCACGGUACAGCCGCACUACCUGGAAGAAAACUUCCCUGCCCAGGACUUCUUUUGGUUCCUGUUUGUAAUGCUGACAAUCUCAGCCCUCUGCUUCAUGGCUUUGACGCGUAGAGAAAUAACAGAGCCAGCAUUACAGGAGGACACCCCAGAGCCUGAGAUGGUGACGACAAAGGAUAAUGGGGAGGAGACCCACCCGCUCCAGAAUGGAGGAACACCGGUGUCUGAGGACCAGGUGGAUUUGGAGAAAGCAGCCCCGGUCCAAACCUUCUGGACGCCACGCAACAUCUACCUGCUGGUGCUACUAGGUGUUUCCAACGCCCUGACCAACGGAGUCCUUCCCUCUGUCCAGAGCUUCUCCUGUCUGCCCUAUGGCACCAUGACCUAUCACCUCUCUGUGGUCCUUGGCAACAUUGCAAACCCACUAGCCUGCUUUGUGUCCAUGUUUGUCCUCUGCAGAUCAUCUGUGGGUCUUGGUUUCAUGUCUGUAGCAGGUGGGGUCUUUGCAGCCUACCUCAUGGCUCUUGCAGUGCUCAGCCCCUGCCCUCCUCUCUUGGGGAACCCUGCUGGUGUAUCCUUGGUGGUGGUGUCCUGGAUCAUCUUCACGGGCCUGUUCUCUUACCUGAAGGUAGUGAUCGGGACUCUGCUCCACGAGGCUGGCCAUGCUGCCUUGCUGUGGUGCGGUGUCUUCAUCCAGGCUGGCUCACUCAUAGGAGCCCUCUCCAUGUUCCCCCUGGUCAGCAUCUACCACAUGUUUGACAGGUCUCAGGACUGCGUGGACAACUGCAGUUAGUUAGGCACCAGGAACCAUAGCUAGCUGGGUGAUCACGUCAGGGAUGGAAGAUGGAAUAUCAUUUCCUGGCUCAGUAGAAGGGCUGUUGUUGGGUUGAUGGGGGGGGUUCUGUGAGGGCUGAGGAAAGGCAUUCCCGGGGUAAUGGGAGCAUUGAGUUGCUGUGUACUGGCUAAGGGGAUGUAAGUGCCUGUGAUGCAGUGCCGCAAGGGCUUUUAAAAAUUAUUUUUACAAUUCUUGAUCUAGUUUCUUGGUUUGCUGAAGGAACUGCUAUUACUGGUUUACUCAGGGACUGAAUCAAUAACACCCAUUCAUCCAGUUUGGUUGUCCCCAGGCCUUAGGAGUAA